AUGAACCAGAAUUCUGAUGAGUGGAACCGUGGGUCGCAUGGACGUCGUGGAUGUUUCUUUCACUGUGCAGUUGCAGCUGCCGAUCAUUUGGGUGGGCGCUGGUGGGACACCGAUGGGUCCUGGUGCAAAUCCGUGUUCCAUCGAGGAACAGCAGCCGCUGAUGUUUGGAACCGAGAGGUGAGCAUGCUUGAGGAAGCUGAACUAGGUAUACCAAGUGAUGGGCAUGUCUGUAUCAAUGAAGCCAAGCAUCGGGUUGCCAGCCUGGACUUGGGCAGGUUCAAUGAGAUGAUGCCGGUGGUCCAGCUCCUAUCCACUGUGGACCAGUGUGGCCAAGAAUUUGUAAGUAUGGAUGGUGUGGCGAAAUUCAUAGAUUCGCAAUGCCAGAACUCACCAGACAGACCUCGUUUGGCUGCGAUGAUUACAUUGGAUGGGAAGUGGUCUGUUGCAGUUCGCGGUGCCAACUCGCCACAUCUCCUCCAUUUUGAUCCACAUGUCGCAGAUAACGCCCAUUUGGAUCAAAGCCUUGUGGCUGUCCUCAAAGAUGGUGCUGACUUGGUGCAGAUCAUGACACAGCGCGGGGCAUAUUUUCCCGAGUCUCGCGGUGCAGUGUCUCCUGGCGUGUAUAGCUUCAGGCUACCAGAUGAUCAUUCCCAAGAUGCCUCCGGGAGCUGUGCUUGGUGUUCUACAUCGGAGGCAUAUCCCCGGGACCCAUCUUCACAUGCAGGGCAGGAUGACUUGAUGAUAUCACAUGGUCCAGAGCCAGAAGUAGACAGUGACGAGGCGUCGACUGAUGCCUGUGAUGUGCAAGCGCCGGCCUCGUGGUGGUCCAGCUCCAAGAACCGUGGAAAAGUCAAAUCUGAGCCACUUUCAACACCAGCUAAGCCUCGCUCCACCAUUGAAGUGGUCAAACGUGAGUUGAGCCCUCUCACACCUUCACCUGUCACCUGCAAAAGCCGGCGCACAGCUCCUAACAGCAAAAAAUGGCUGUCUGAAAGAGCCAAGGAAGGCAAAGUCGUUGCAGACCAAGCCGGGCUGGAUUAUAACAAACAUUUUCAGGUGGUGCACCGUGGCAGCUUUGAGGCGGGCCAUUGGCAAGAUUUUUUGGCGAGCUUAGCUGGAGCUCAAGUUAGCCGUUGCGAGCGUUGCGCUCAACUUUGCAUUGAUUUCAAGUUGUCAUGUGCCGCUUAUGCUGCUGGCCCAUCGGUUAUGACUGAUGGGGAAAUUGUUCUGGUCAGUGACGAUGACCAAGACAUGGCAUUAGAGCCCCGGCAACUCUUUCCAUCUUCAGCUCCUCGUCCUCGUGCUGGCAGGCCUUCCAGGGCGGAUCAACGUCCAAAUCUCACGGAGUGGAUCUCCCAGAAGCGACCUGGACAAUACAUCAUCCAUUCAUUGGACGGUCAAGUUCCAGUGUCUUGCCGACUGUGUGGUGUGACUUUCAAUGCUCACAGGACCGGGUCCCCUUGGUACAUCGAGAGGCACGAGCAGGAGGAUUCCCGGCACAGGCGGGCUGCAGAGGGGCUGCCGCCACAGGAAGAAGAUGCACCGCUCCGUGUAUGUGAAGGGAUUGGCCUCAUGGACCCUGGCUCUGGGUUGCAGCACCUGAAGGCUUCAGUCAUGAUGCAUAUCCAAAAUGGUCAUAUGGCAACCAUCAAGUGCGCUGUUCACAAGGUGCAUUUCUUUGUAGACGCACAGGGGCAUGUGAGGAUGCAAUCAAAGAAAUGUCAGGAAGACCGUUCCCUUGUUCCAGCUGGGAAGACGGUGUGCAGAACGUGUGAGGCCCACAGCCGGAAGCAAGAGUUGGUUCGAUCACUGGAACUUGUGGGCCUCAUGCACAUGCGGCUGCAGGGUAGAGAUGCAGAUGCUACGAAGAUGGUUGCAAACAUGCAGGCUUCUGAUUGGUGCCAGGUGCUGAGGUUGGACUUGACCCAGCUCGAGUCUAUGUGCUUCAAAGAUCUGUUGAGCAAAUGCCGGCAACUUUUUCUUUCCAUCCCUGCAGGCAAUCGUACCCAGCCAUUGCAAGAUUUUAUAGAUACUAGAAUCUCGUGGGUGUCUCCAGGCUACAAUCCCGCUGUCCUCGUUAAGACUCCCGAACAGAGGCAAAUGGUAUUGGACUUUGCCAAGUGCAUUCUCUCCAGCGAGUCUGGUGGGCAAAGAAACCCAGGACAAAACCAGACCAGCCCUCAAUCCAUGAAAUUAGCCAAGCUGGUUGCCAAUGGUGCCCUGUCAGGGCAAGGUGUCCUUGAAUUCCUGCUGUCAGCAGCGGUUGAGAAGGCCGACAAAGAACGCAGAGGUUGCAAACGAGUGAAUGCGACUGCGACCAUGCAAGGCAAUCAGGACACCUUGGCCCAAGUGGCAUGGUCAUUGGGCCAGGCUGUCAACCAAGGAGCUGUCCGGGAGAUCUUCGGCCUCAACCUCAAAGCCGUCAAGACAGAUCUCAGGAGCGAGAUCGUCCCAACUCCGUACUGUGCAGAGCAGGAGGUGCUCGUCAAAAAUUUCAAGCUGGCUAUUGGGCACCUCAACGCCGUGAAUCAGCAAACCUACAUGAUUGCUGUGGAUGAGACGGUGUACAGCAAGACAUUUGAAGCAGCUCGGUCUUCAGUAGUUUUCGUCGUUUGA